GACGAUGACGAGUUCGGAGGCAUCGAGGGAAACAAUCUGAUGAACCCAGCCUACGGUAACGGCGUGGUGAGCGAUUACGACACAGACAGCGAUUAGGGCCGUGACUAGACCCAUUAAACCAUUCAGUUCAAGCAAUGCCGGACUAGCACAAGUCUAUUCUCGACGGAGUGAUACGAUGACAGCGCCGACUGAAACAACCGCCUACGGCAGUUCCGCCGGAUGACUGGACGUUCAACGAAUCGGCCCAGACUCCACAGAGACCCGACAUCGAUCGACGUUACCGUCACCGAACAUCGGAUCCGUCGACAAGAGCGAGAGAGAUCACGAAUCUACAGCUCCGCGUUAACCUGGUUUACCGACACCACGCAAUUGCCGCCAUGUUCCAGGGAUGCAGCUCCGGAUGGAUGAAAAUCAUGAUUUUUGUUGCGUAAAUUAUUGGCUUGCCCAAAUUUGUAUGUAUUUGAUUAAUUAAAACUAUUAUAAUACAUGAACAUAGAGUACACCAACUGUAGAAGUAAAUCGAAAUUAAAAAUUAGUUUCAUUUAUUUCAAUUUUAUUCAACAUGAGAAUUAUCUCUCUAUUUUUUACCUAUGCACUUUUUGUGUAAUUUACUCCUAAUUAAUAUGAUUUUUUCUUUCAGAUUUUGUGGAAAUGACAUAACAAGGAUGUUACGAUAUAAUUGCCCUAGCUCUGUACUUAAUUGGAACAGAGCUCCUGGCUAUGGCUAUGGCGAACACAUGUCUCUUCCGCCUCGUCGUAACUCCGCUCGCUGUGAUGUCACCCUACGCGGACUGUUUUUGAGAGUAUCAUCGUUCGCCGAGGGAAGGGAAUUUUAGAAUGCAUUUCACGGAUUCUGUAGAGAAAGAGGUGCCGCACGUAUGAGGGCUUCGGGAUUGGAUGUGUCGUGAAACGUCAUGCUCAGCGAUGAGAAAGGAUUUUUUUGUUGAACGCAUGCGAAUCAGAUUGACUUGUAGGAUAAGAAGUUAAAAUGCUGGAGAUAGAAUGAAUAAACCUAGUGUUAGACGGUUAUUUAUUUUGUAUAACUUCCACGAGCUCUCCAGACAUUACAAGAACUUCUUUGUGUGAUUUUUUUAUGACUCAAUUAAUCAUGCCGUAGACCUGAUUUUCGUCACAUGAAUUUUACUAGAACUCCUUCAACAUGAGCUCAGAUUUCAGUAUAGCGCUUGUAGUGAUAAUUGUGAUAGUUGUGAUCGUUGUUUUCAUCUGCAAUACCUAUUUUCUGAUAAAUUAUCAGCACCCCGAUGACCAUAAUCAAGCCUACCUGCCCAAGGGGAUCGUCAUAUUUGGGCUCUCGAUUGCACAGAUUUCCAUCCUAAUGUUGCCAGCGGAUGUGGCAAAUCGAAACGCUUGCAAGAAUUCAGUCUAUCUGAAUGCGUGUAACUACACGUUGCCCAUGAAAGAUUUAUGGUAUGCGGUGUACAUUAUCGACGCAAUAUUUUUGUUCUUCAUCUGUCCGUUCUCGUUCUUCUACUAUGAAGCUGAUGAACAGACGCACACACGCAAGCGGCUGCUGAACUCUUUUCUCUGGGUGCUCGUACUGGCUGUCGUUCUGGGGCUCGUUGUUGGUAUCUGCUAUGCUCUCGUCGGCUAUUCAGAUUUUACUGUGCGCCGUCUGGAAUCUGAUUCUAUUCCAUUUACGACGGAUUUCUCAAUGUUGACAUCUGCAAAGCCGUGCUUACCAACGACGGUUCUUGUUUCCUCUACCAGUCAAGAACUGUGUUCAUCGUAUCUGUCAGGGGAUGGAACAUCUACAAACUGGACUAUGAGGACCUCGUUCGCCAUUUAUGUUAUCGCCGUCACUACCAUUAUUGGCUCCUGUCUCUUUUCUAUUUUCGGUGGUAUAGGCAUUGCAUCUUUACCAAUGAGUCUGAUCAACACAUUCCUUCAUCGGCCUAAGACAACAAUUACCCUUGCUCAGUACACUAAGGAAGCAACUGAAAUUAUGAAGCGAGGAAAAGAAAUAAAGGAAAUUGUACUGGGCUUACAACGUGAAGAGAGAGCCAGAGUCAAAGGAAGACAAUGGAAAAAGAACUUGGUGAAGCUUCAACAGGAGCUUGUAUUCUUGGAACAAGAUGAGCAAGCUUUGUCAGAAGUUUACCCUCAAGGAGAAAAGGCUGAAAUGUCGUGGGCACUUACUGUUAUCGGCUAUUUGGCAUGUCUCUUUUUUGGACUCAUUGGAAUGGUGGUGUCAAUCAUGUGGUUGGUGCAUAUCAUAAUAUUCAUGCUCUGCUCACCACCAAGGAACCCGUUUCUGAACAAGAUCUUUAUAGACUUGGAUAAUGCUUGGGGACUACUGGGUACAGUCGGAUUCGGCAUCUUCUGCUUGUAUCUGCUGCUGGCUGUAAUAUCUGGAGAGAUGCUUAUUGGUCUGAACUUCCUCUUAUUUCGAGUCCAUCCCAUGAAAUGGGGGGGUACGAUGAUGAAUUCCUUCCUAUUCAACGUGGAACUUAUAAUCGCAAGCAGCAUCAGUAUGAUCCAAUUCUGUGCGAAGGCGUUCUCUUUGUACGUGGAUGCUACAGCUGUUCAAGAAAUCUUUGGUGGCACUGUCGAAUCAUUGAGAGGAGUCAAGUAUCUUUUCAGGUACAACAUCUUCCAAAUAGCAUUUGUUUGCUUUGCGUUCAUGACCAUUAUAUAUUACGCGUGCUUUGUAAGUUACAACCACAGCUUUACGAAACGAUUCAUUCAUUAAUGUCUUUAGAAAUCACCAUGUCAGCGACGGGUGUCAUGACAUCUGCAAACUCAAAUAUACAUUAAGUCGCGUGGCUUUCUGAAUGCAAUCAGCGAUCAAUGCAGCAGUCAUACAGCUCAUGUGGAA